UUGGUUUUCGGUUUUAUACUUCCAGAUUCCAGUUCUGGGUCAUAAAGGUCUGGAUGCCAUCUCUUGUAGGUCCUACACAAUUGUAGGUAUCAUGCCUUAAGCCGUAUAACAGAAAAUCUCGAGGUCUGAGCGAACGCAUAACAGAAAAUCUCGAGGUCUGAGCGAAGGAGCGAAAGCCGAAGGAGCAACUAAUUUUCACGUGGAUUUUCCGUUAGUUAAAGAUUUUUCAGGGUACAAGAGAGCCAUUUGUUUCUGCUGCUGCUGCUGCCAUGGGUGCUUCUGAAUCGAUUCCGCAGAAGUCCAUCCAUGAAUUCACUGUCAGGGAUAGCAGAGGUAAGGACGUUGAUCUCAGCAUUUACAAAGGGAAGGUUCUCCUCGUCGUUAACGUUGCUUCCAAAUGUGGAUUUACAGAUGUUAAUUACACUCAGUUGACUGAGCUUUAUGGCGAAUACAAGGACAAAGGUUUGGAGAUAUUAGCAUUUCCAUGCAAUCAAUUCCUCUACCAAGAGCCAGGGACAAGCCAGGAAGCACAGGAGUUUGCGUGUGCAAGAUACAAUGCUGAGUAUCCGGUGUUCCAAAAGGUUCGUGUGAAUGGUCCAGAGACAGCACCUGUCUACAAAUUCCUAAAAUCAAGUAAAUCAGGAACAUUUGGAUCUAGGAUAAAAUGGAACUUCACAAAAUUUCUAGUUGAUAAAGAAGGCCAUGUCGUCCAUCGUUAUGGCCCGACAACUUCCCCAUUGUCCAUUGAGAAAGAUAUCAAGAAAGUGUUGGGAGAGAUAUGAGACUUCGUUAGUUCAUAUUCAAUUUGGUUUCAGACAACAGACAACUUAUGUAAUUGUAUUUACAUGUUCUUCAAGAAUUAGGUAGAGAUUCUUUAGUUCUCCAUUUAUGCCUGGGAAGAGGUUCUUGCUUCCCCCCACCCCCUGCAGCCAUUGGAUUAAAGUAUUGGUAUCACAGAGAAUUCUGGAAAUGCAAUUACACUUGGGAAAUACUAAGACACAUAAUGUCAUAACAUCAAUAACACAUUCUGAAACCCCAUUGGCUAUA